GUGGUGAUACUCCGUAUAUAAUAAGUAUAAGUACGGGUUAAAACGAAGUAUUUUGUUGAGAUUCUCUCUUCCCGAUUCAUUCUUCUUUCAUAAACCGGAUAGCUGCAGAUGAAUCUAUCAAUGGAAACAGUUUUUGAUUUGUUGAAUUGGGCACUAGAGAAGCUGAAACAAAAGAUAAUGGGUAUUAGUCACGAUGCGGCCAGGGAAAUUGUAGACGAGCAGUAUUAUACUCCUCCGACUAGUCCCCGGCGGCGGCGGCGGCGGCGGAAAGAAUUGCAUCUUCAUGAACAUCAUCACCCCAGGCUAUUAUUUCGGGAAGAUAUGUAUCCCAGGCAAGGCGUGCUGUACAGCAUCUCGGAAAGCCGUUCCUACAAGACCGAUCUAUCAGCAUUCGUGAAAGACAAAUACCUCAUGGAAACCAACGGCGGCGGGGGAGGAUGGUUGCUGGUACACGACUUGAAGAACACCAAACACGUCUUCCUUCUCAACGUCUAUUCGCUCCAUAAGGUGCAACUCCCCAAAUUCGAUUUACUCAUUGAUUUCGCCUGCCUUUCAUUAUCAUCACCAUCAUCCACUUCUACUCCCGGCGCCGGCUUUGUCGCGGUGUAUAACAUAGACUCGUCCACGGUAGGGAUUUGCAACGUGGGUGACAACAGCAGGUUUGUGGAAGGAAGGUUAGCGGAUCCAAUCGCAUCGUUGGUGAGCAUCGGCGGAAAUCUGUAUGGCAUAAUGGCUUGUUCCAUACUCAAUUUGGUGCGGGUUGUGGUUACUAAGGGAAAUGCGAGGCUUGAACCGGUAGGUGAAAUUCCCCGUCCCCUCAGCUUAAUGUGCGGACGAAACGGUAUUAAGGGCUACCAAGGCUUCCUAGCAGCAGAGAGUUGUGGCCGCCGCGGCGGGGUCAUUGUGGUGGUCAAAGUUAGUCGUGGGCAUGUGGACAGACCCCGGGGGCCCCCGCGCCCGGUGGAGUGUUUCCGGAUUUUCACAUUUGAUUUCUGCACCAGUGAAUGGGCAGAGUUGGAUACCCUUGGUGGACGUACCCUUCUCUUGGGCUGUCAUUUCUCCCUUCACAUAUGCCGCGAUGUCCCCAAUCUCAGAAGAAACUGCAUUUACUUUGUUGAACGCGGAGACAAGAAUCUCUACGUCUUUGAUACGGAAGAUAAACUCAUCACUACCCAUCUCCCUUACUCUGGGGACGACAUUCAAACCAACCUCUUGUGCCCAACUUGGCUAUUCUAAUCUGCUAUACAUGAUUCAUUCUGUAUGUUUAAUGCUAUCCUCAUUCUUUUAUUCUUUCUUUCUUUAUAAGCAUGUUUCUUUUCUAAAAUCUUUACUUGAUGUGAACGCUGAAACAAUGCAGUGGUUGUAGGCCGCUUUAUUCUUUUCCAUUACUAGUGUGGAUCUAAUUGUAUUCUCACCUUCCUAACACAGCUUAAAGUUAGCUUUUAUCGUCCUGUUUUCCAUUCUCGCCCAUUUUAAAGAGAAGUAUCAUAUCAAGCAAAUGACCUCAACCAGAAUGCAACUUGUCCUUACUGAACUAUAGCCUCACAAAUCCAAAUUUAUCAUCAAGUUCAAGUUUAUCCACUGUAAAAUGCCUUCAAUUCAAUUCUCACCUUUGGGACAUAUGUGCUGCCUACCCACAAAAAUGUUUGCAACCUCUCCCACAGUACAUAAGUGUUAAAUUCACAAACCCAUAAGAACGACAAUAUAUUGUUCAGACCUGAGCAAAAACUUUUAGAUCUUUUACAAAAAACUAUGAUAUUUAUUUAUGCAAAGAAGGAUUUAGCUAUUCAAUAUUUGAGUUGUCAAUCUACUCAUGAACAUAUAAGAAGAUUAAAAAUUAUCUGUUUAGGUUUUAUCUCAAAGAUGUUAUACAUUUUUAGGGAAAACUGAAAAGAAAAUCUAAACUCUUCAAUUUGUAUACAUUUUCAGAAUUUGUAAUAAGUUUUAAACUUUCUAAAUAUCAUUUAGUAAUUUUUCAUGAAGUAUUUUAUGAUAAAACAAAUUGCUAAAUUUGUGAUUUUCUGAACUUGCUAAUAAAGUUAUCAUGAAGAACUAUCAAUUUAAAGAAUUCACAAUCCACACAGAAACCAUAAAUUGAGCUGCAUAUAAUCUCCAAACCAGAUUAUACAUAUAUUAUCAAUGAAGCAACUGUGCGUUUCACAUCCCUUCUAUGUAGUACUCCGUAUAAUAAAUGAAUCUCAGUCCCCUAUUUGAAAAUGUGUACAACCGCAGGUAUCUUUUUGUAGUUAUCCCUAAAACUAUCUCGUCAAGUGAUGCAAUCAUCGUUUGGUCAAGAGUUAUCAGUCACAUUAGCACAAACUAUUUUUCAUUAUAUUGUUGUUUAGUUAAGUAUGUCACAGACUUGAGAGUACAAGUUCAUUUUGAUUAAAGUUAGUAAUAUACGAUGACGACAAACGAUCAAUAUAAAUUGUGUGGGUGUUUUCUUCAUGGCAACUGAUUAUAGUCUGCAAUGUCCAUAAUAAUUUUGUUGACUUGCAUUAUAUGGUGUCUUAUUUUUAAUGUUAUCAUAUUUUUUAUUUAAAUGUAUUUACUACACUCCUGUGCAACACAUGAGCGGAUUUACUAGUCUUCUUUUAGUAAAAGUAACAACCAGAAGAAUUUAUGCAUAUGGUCCAAUGAGAUAAACUAUAUGUAUGGCACUUCCCUUAUUAUGUGGAAGAUAAUGAAGUAUUCAAACAGUAUGACAUAAUAAUCUUUAUAUGAUACAAUGAAAAAGAAAUAAAGUGUUUUAUUUGACAAAUUCCAAUUUAUUAGAUUUAUUGAAGGAGUUUGACACAGUCAAGAUAGGUCGAGAACAAGACGUAUACAUUCUGCCAUAUACUUCCAGUUGAUAUAAUUACACAAGAGAUCAGAAGCAAAUUUGCAGGUAAACCUAUUGUAUAUCCAUAGAGGAUGAGAGUGGCUACGUAAACAUCCCAUCUUUGAAUUUUACUUCAUAAAUGGAAAGCCAACUGCACAAGGGAGGAUGUGUUGAAACGAGCAAUGAGCCUCCUCUGCCGAGCAGUUUCCUCCGGACAGCCUCUGAAAGUUUUUGGGUUAAGAUAUGGAACUUUGAAUUUUGCGGGCGAGGUCCUCGACUGUUCCAUAUCAACUUCCCUCAACCAUGGAAUUCAUUUAUUCCACUGCCCAGAUCCGUGGGAACAUUCUUAAUGUUGAUGUCUUCAUGCCGGAAGACAGUGGCGGAGCCAGGAAUGGCAGGGGCCUCGGCUUCACCUGUCUCCACCCCUGCCGGAAGAUAAGCAUGUUUUUCACUCAAGAAGUGAAUUUGUGUUUAAUCCUGCUAAAUGGUCACGUGUCAAAAUGGAUGAGGAUUUCCUAAAGCUUUCAAGAACGUUCAAAUCAAUGAUAUCUAUUGUUCGAGUGCCUUCUUCGGAUCCAAAUUAUAAGAUUGCAGUUCUUGCAUCAAAGCAGGACCACUGUCUUGUAGAUUUAUUGCAUGGGUAGCAGGAUGGAACACUUCCUGUUCAGAUAACUUCUGUAAUUAGUAAUCAUGAUAGAAGUCCAAACACCUACGUGAUUCGAUUUCUUGAAAGGCAUGGAAUUCCAUAUCAUCAUUUGGAGACUACUAAUCAUCCUACAACAUUUCAAUCUCUUCUUGCGUAGUAUUUAUUUUAGUUGAAUUGAGAAACUGGAUUCUAUCUGGUUAUGUAUUUAUAAGAACUCUCUAUAGUUUGUGUGAGGAACUUGAUGCAAGAAUCAACUUCCAUUUCCUUCCAUUCACGAUUCAUCAUCCUUGUCUAUGUGAUAUCUUACAUAAACAGUUUAGUUCCCCAAAAGUAUUGCCCCAACCGAUCUGUAGGACUUCUAAAGUAAAGCAUGAAUUGAG